CUCCAAUGUGUUUCUCUUUUGUCCGCUAGACUUCAUGAGGAAAUAAUUGACUUUUAUAACUUCAUGUCCCCUUGUCCUGAAGAGGCAGCCAUGAGAAGAGAGGUGGUGAAAAGGAUCGAAACCGUGGUUAAAGAUCUCUGGCCGACGGCUGAUGUGCAGAUAUUUGGCAGCUUUAGUACAGGCCUCUAUCUUCCAACCAGUGACAUCGACUUGGUGGUCUUUGGAAAGUGGGAGCGCCCGCCUUUGCAGCUGUUGGAGCAGGCCCUGCGGAAGCACAAUGUGGCUGAGCCGUGCUCCAUCAAGGUCCUGGACAAGGCCACGGUACCAAUAAUAAAACUUACAGACCAGGAGACAGAAGUUAAAGUCGACAUCAGCUUUAACAUGGAGACUGGGGUCCGGGCAGCAGAGUUCAUCAAGAAUUAUAUGAAGAAAUACUCGUUGCUGCCUUACUUGAUUUUAGUGUUGAAACAGUUCCUCCUGCAGAGGGACCUGAAUGAAGUUUUUACAGGUGGAAUUAGCUCAUACAGCCUCAUUUUAAUGGCCAUUAGCUUCCUGCAGUUGCAUCCAAGAAUUGAUGCCCGGAGAGCUGAUGAAAACCUUGGAAUGCUUCUUGUAGAAUUUUUUGAACUCUACGGAAGAAAUUUUAAUUACUUGAAAACUGGUAUUAGGAUAAAAGAAGGAGGUGCCUACAUUGCCAAAGAGGAGAUCAUGAAAGCCAUGACCAGCGGGUACAGACCGUCGAUGCUGUGCAUCGAGGACCCCCUGCUGCCUGGAAACGACGUUGGCCGCAGCUCCUACGGGGCCAUGCAGGUGAAGCAGGUGUUUGACUACGCCUACAUUGUCCUCAGCCACGCCGUGUCACCCCUCGCUAGGUCCUACCCCAACAGGGACUCGGAGAGCACGCUAGGGAGAAUCAUCAAGGUGACCCAGGAGGUGAUCGACUACCGGAGGUGGAUCAAGGAGAAGUGGGGCGGCAGGGUCCACGCCGCGCCGGGCCUGGAUGACAGGAUGAAGACAAAAGAGCGCGAGGGUGACGCGGAGCAGCCCCAGCGCCGGGACCCCGCGUCGCCCUAUGGCCCGCGCCUGACCCUGUCUCUGCCCAGCCCCCAGCUUCUGUCCUCGGGCUCAUCCGCCUCCUCCGUGUCUUCGCUUUCUGGAAGUGACAUCGAUUCAGACACGCCACCCUGCACGACGCCCAGCGUGUACCAGUUCAGCCUCCAGGCACCGACCCCUCUGCUGGCCAGCCUGCCCGCCGCCUUGCCUGUGCCGGGCAGCAAACCUCAGCCCGCUACGUCCAGAACGCUGGUUGUGACAACUAACACUCAGACCAGGUUCACUAUACCUCCACCAGCACUUGGGGUGGCCGCCGUCCCCUGUAGACAAGCUGGCAUCGAAGGGACUCCGGCGCUGAAAGCCGUCCACCACGUGUCUUCCCCGGCCAUCCCGUCUGCGUCUCCCAACCCGCUCUCCAGCCCCCACCUGUAUCAUAAGCAGCACAGCGGCAUGAAGCUGUCCAUGAAGGGCUCCCACAACCACAGCCAAGGUGGCAGCUACAGCUCUGUGGGCAGUGGAGGUGUGCGGCCUCCCGUGGGCAACCGGGGACACCACCAGUAUAACCGCACCGGCUGGAGGAGGAAAAACACACACACACGAGGGACAGCCUGCCCGUCAGUCUCAGCAGAUAAUAGCUCUGGGCACCGCCGCCUGGCCCCACCCUCCGCAGACCGCAGCCGGGUGGCCUUGCGCCCGGCUGGGACCUGAGACCAGCAUCCAGCCCGCCAGCCCGGGCCUCACGCCCGCUGCUGAUCACUCUGCAUGUUCCUUGUGUGGUGGUCACGUCCAUCUUAAAAGAACAGCUCCUUGUGCUCAUCUGUGAAGCCUUAUUAGACGUGGACGCUGUUUUCUGCCUUCCCAGGAUUCUCCCUUCAGUGCCGGAGCGGGGCUGGGCCAGGAACUGCGGGGACGGGCCGUGGGCCUGGGCACUUCUCGGUACUGUGUCUUGUCCUUUGCGUCGGGUACUUUGAUUUCACAUCAGAGCAACGGAGAUCAGACCCCAUCCCCCUUGGGAGGUCCUCAUUGUUUUACUGCCCGCACAUUUUGUUUCAGAUUUCAGGACUGUUUUUCUAUGUAAAUAUUGAAAACUUAUGAUUUGUGCAAUAACUCAGAUAUUUUUUAUUUAAUUUCAUAUUUUCACAUAAGUUAUAUUUGAGGGAGGAGGGAGUUUUUUUAAACAUGCUGAGAUCCUUUCCCAAGUUGCAUUUUCUAAGUUGGGUUCAUCAUGUCGGCUGGUUGUCUGAUGAGCAUCGUUGCCAACACCACGAGUGAGGGGCUUGGGGCUUAUUUUCUGUUCCUUCUUUUGGUCAGACGUGAGGCCUCUCAGCUUGUGGUGAAGGAGCUGUGUCCCCCCGCGGGUGUCCAGAGGGGUGCGGCUCCAGCGCCUCUGACCAGCUGCCCGCCGGCUCUGCCGUCCGGCCUGUCUGUGUCUCGCUGUGACCACGGGGUUUUAACGUUUUGGAUUUUGUUUCUUUUAAACUAGACAACAGAUCCAGCAUUUAAAGUGCCAGAGUAUAACUUUCUAAGGAGAGGAAAGAUUGUCACAUUAUAAAAUCUUAAAAAAAAAUGUGAACUUUGUCAGUUUUAGUAACAGAGCCUGUAAUGUUGGGUCUGGUGAGUAUCAGUAUGGACAGUGGUACCCAGUUUUAGGAAUGUGGAGAAAGGAAUUAUGUUGAUUCCAUUGUGGAAUCUGUAGCAGUAGCAUUCGUUCUGUUAAGAGCAAAUACAUGAGAAGAGCUUGAGCUGCUCAGUGCACCGUGGGGGUUAACGUGUCUCAGGAGAGCCCAGCCCAGGUCGGGCCGGAGUGGCCGUGCCCGACGUGAGCCGCACACGGGUGUGCUGUGCAGGUGUGUCCUGCCACGACAGCCACUGUCUGUUCCCACUUCUGAACAUGCAUCUGUCCACCCCGCCUCACCUUGAGUUUUCGGAGCACUGCAGUUGUCCUGGGAGUUAGGUGCCCUGCCUCCCGGGCUUGGCACCGGGGUUCUGGCCCUGCUGAGCACUGCAGGUGGGCUGGUCUUUGAAGUCCACCGGUGGAGGCGGCUGGGAUGGGAAGCUUGCUACACGAGCCCUGAUUGACGAGCGGAGUGGGGAGUGCUGGGGGUCCAAGCGCGACGGACACCCAGCGAGGACCAGUGCUUGCCCUGCCGGCGGGCUGCCCGAGGGAAGCGGGCCCGGCCCACACGCCCUGAGAGCUGUCGCCGCGCCUGCUGGUUCUAGGAGGCGCCUGGAGCAGAGUGGCACACUCCGUCUGUGGUUCUUGAUGAUUGAAGGUUAUCAAAAAUAUUUAAAGAUAUUUAAAUUGUGAACCUAUUGAUAAAGAAAUAUUUAUAAAAACUGAUACGUAGGCCUGUACUAAUCUCUACACAUUAGCAAUAUUGACUAUAGCCCUCCAUUAAGGAAACGCUGCGGGGACGGAGGCGGGUGCCUGUGGGGGCCCCCUGCGAUUCCCGGUCCCAGACGCGGGCGCCAAGCUCCAGUCCCGCCACGGUGAACGGAUGAAUUGGCCCGGCCGCCCUGUGGCCACGUGCUGCAGGCUGAACAAGAUAUCAUGUUUCGAUUUUUUUUUGUGUGUGGACAACAAUGUGGAAGCUAAAAUUGACAUAUUUUUAUGUAAAGUUUUUCUAUUCUUUGAUUUUUAAUAAACUUUGGAAACCAGG